UUAGUCUUGGGAAAGUGAGGUGAAAAGCACGCUGGGAAAAUAACAAACAUGAAAUUUAUUUACAUCAUUUGUCUAUCGUUAGCCUGUUAUGUCGCUUUAGUUUUCUCUUCCACUAAAGACGAUUUCGAAAAGAUUUUACAAUCUUGCCGUGAAGACGUGCAGAUCAACGAGAAUGAUCUUCGGACCCUUAGCGCAUCACCUAAUGAUGUUAGUGACGGUGUUAAAUGUUAUAUGAAGUGCGUUAUGGAGAAACAGGGCCAUUUCAGGAACGGUGCUCUCUUGGAAGAAGCAGUAAUCAGAAGCGUGAAAUCUUCUCCCGCCGAUCAGAACGAUCAAAAUCAAUUGUCUGCAAUAGUUAAAGAAUGCCAAAAAGAGAUCGGUUCCAAUGAAUGUGAAACUGCUUUCAAGAUAUCCAUGUGCUUGCGCGAGAAUAAGGUUGACUUUGAAAUAUAAUUGAAUUGAAAUCAUGGAUCUAUACGUUACGAACAUAGAGCAACUUUUUGUUUUUUAAUUAGUGAAAAAGUAAUAAAAAGGAUUAAAUAGCA